AUGCCCCAAUUGGCGGGUCGCGGUGUGACGUCAUCCCGUCUGCGCCUCGUCUGCGGUCGCUUCCCGGAACCGUUGGCCGCACUGCCUUCCUGCAGCACCGCCAUUAUCACCAGUAUAAUGAACUCGCGCCGACGCACCUCGAUCGGAACGCCCCGCAAGUCAACAUCGCAAUCGGAAUCCAAUUGUUCUUGCGGCACUCUGAGAAGUGACUCUCAAUGGUUCUGUGACGAUUUCGGCGACGAGCGUGUACAACGCAAACAACUUGUCCGAGCUUGUUACAAGCUCACGGUGGGAGCGCUGCGCGUCAUCACGAAUGAGCCGCAGCCG